AUGCAAGAUCACAGAUCACUGUCAACAUCAAUAAUGAAUCAGAAGGCAGCUCCUGGGGUGUUUGAGCCGGACAAAACCAUCACAGAAGAACAGUCUGACAAGUUCAAUGUAUAUGAAGACCCAGUUGAAGGCAUCAUCAGUGAGAUAUCAGGCAAUGUGAGAGGCCCAAGUGACUGGAAUGACAAUAGCUCAGUGAGUGAGAAGACUCACAUGAGACUAGAAAUUACAAGACUUCAGCAUGAGGUUGAAGAGGAAAUUCUUUUGACUGCAGAGCAGUCUGAAACUGAUGAUAUUCUUGAAGAUAAUAGUCUUGAUGAGAAUGUCACUAUGAACAUGCAAUAUUUCUGA